AUGUGUGAUUGUUUCACUAAUUACGAAGUUAAGAGAUUUGAACCAGAACAUGCAAGCGUUUUCAAAUCAUCCUACCGGGCUACUUCCGGUGAGGAAAACUACGAUCCGAACAAACCGUCGAUCAAGGAGUUCUACGCCGGGAGGGACAUCUUCAUAACGGGCGGGACGGGUUUCAUGGGUAAGGUGUUGAUCGAGAAGUUGCUGCGGUCCUGUAGCGGACUGAAUCGUAUAUUUAUCCUGUUGCGAGAGAAGAAAUCCAAGACCACUAAUGAUCGUCUUCGGGAGAUUCAGGAACUACCGCUGUUCGAGGUGCUGCGUAGACAAGAUCCCAACGCCUUGAGCAAGAUGAUCCCGAUCAAGGGCGAUGUGUCGCAGCUGGAAUUGGGAAUGUCAGACGAGGACAGAAAACGGAUGAGUGAGGUUUCGGUGAUCUUCCACGUGGCGGCUAACGUUCGAUUUGACGACCCGCUGAAGGAUGCCGUGAUUCUAAACACUCGCGGCACCCGAGAGAUGAUUCGUUUUGCGGAAUCUCUGAAGAAUCUUUGCGUAAUGAUGCAUGUUUCGACGACCUACUCCAACCCGGACAAAUAUAUUAUUGAGGAGAAGAUCUAUCCUCCGUACGCGGAUUGGGAGAAGACCAUCAAACUGGCCGAAGAAAUGGACACGCAAACGCUGGAAACCUUUGCCCCGAAGUACAUGGGAAUGUUGCCGAACACUUACGUGUUCACCAAAUCCUUGGCCGAGCAUAUCAUCAACGACUACCGGGACAGGCUGCCGUUGAUCCUCUUCCGGCCGUCGAUCGUCAUCUCGAGCAUGCGUGAUCCGAUCCCCGGUUGGAUCGACAACUUUAACGGACCGGUAGGGCUGCUGGUGGGCAGCGGUAUCGGUCUUUGCAGAACCAUGUACUGCGAUCCGAACAAUGUCGCAGACUACACGCCGGUAGACGUCUGCAUCAAAGCGAUGAUCGUGGCAGCGUGGAAGAAGGGAACCGCCGUUGUCCAGAGGUAAGUGAAUUCAGUGUAG